AGUCUCGGGCUGUCCGGCCAGGGUGUUUGGUGUGAGGAUUCAGGCUCCCUCCACACCAGGCCGUAGCCUGAGGCUCAGGGUCUCCCAGCCCCUCCCUCCCAGCCCACCAGCGUCACCCCCCACUCCCGAGCUGGACCGCACACCUUGGGACUCGGUUUUCCACUUCCUAAGGACGAGCCCCAGACUGGAGGAGAGGUGUGAGGAGGUGGGCGUCGGAGUCUUUGCGGGGACGCCGGAGGGCCCCGGGGAGGCGGCGGCCGGGGGCGACAUGGCGGAGGAACAGGACCUGUCGGAGGUGGAGCUGAGCCCGGUGGGCUCGGAGGAGCCCCGCUGCCUGUCGCCGGGGGCCGCGCCCUCUCUGGGGCCCGACGGCGGCGGCGGGGGAUCGGGCCUGCGAGCCAGCCCGGGGCCUGGCGAGCUGGGCAAGGUGAAGAAGGAGCAGCAGGACGGUGAAGGGGACGACGACAAAUUCCCCGUGUGCAUCCGCGAAGCGGUCAGCCAGGUGCUGAGCGGCUACGACUGGACGCUGGUGCCCAUGCCCGUGCGCGUCAACGGCGCCAGCAAGAGCAAGCCGCACGUCAAGCGGCCCAUGAACGCCUUCAUGGUGUGGGCGCAGGCGGCGCGCAGGAAGCUGGCCGACCAGUACCCGCACCUGCACAACGCCGAGCUCAGCAAGACGCUGGGCAAGCUCUGGAGGCUGCUGAAUGAGAGCGACAAGCGCCCCUUCAUCGAGGAGGCCGAGCGGCUGCGCAUGCAACACAAGAAGGACCACCCCGACUAUAAGUACCAGCCUCGGCGGCGGAAGAAUGGGAAGGCGGCCCAAGGCGAGGCGGAGUGCCCGGGGGCGGAGGCCGAACAGGGUGGCACCGCUGCCAUCCAGGCGCACUACAAGAGCGCCCACCUGGACCACCGGCACCCCGGAGAGGGCUCCCCAAUGUCAGAUGGAAACCCAGAGCACCCCUCAGGCCAGAGCCAUGGCCCGCCCACCCCUCCAACCACCCCAAAGACAGACCUGCAGGCGGGCAAGGCGGACCUCAAAAGGGACGGCCGCUCGCUGGGGGAGGGCGGGAAGCCACACAUCGACUUUGGCAACGUGGACAUCGGGGAGAUCAGCCACGAGGUGAUGUCCAACAUGGAGACCUUCGACGUGGCCGAAUUGGACCAGUACCUGCCGCCCAACGGGCAUCCAGGCCAUGUGGGCAGCUACUCGGCGGCUGGCUACGGGCUGGGCAGCGCCCUGGCUGUGGCCAGCGGACACUCCGCCUGGAUCUCCAAGCCGCCGGGUGUGGCUCUGCCCACGGUCUCACCACCCGGCGUGGACGCCAAGGCCCAGGUGAAGACAGAGUCGGCAGGGCCUCAAGGGGCCCCGCACUACGCCGACCAGCCAUCCACCUCACAGAUCGCCUACACCUCCCUGAGCCUGCCCCACUACGGCUCGGCCUUCCCCUCCAUCUCCCGCCCCCAGUUUGACUACUCUGACCAUCAGUCCUCGGGACCCUACUACGGCCACUCAGGCCAAGCCUCGGGCCUCUACUCGGCCUUCUCUUACAUGGGGCCCUCGCAGAGGCCCCUCUACACCGCCAUCUCUGACCCCAGCCCCUCUGGGCCCCAGUCCCACAGCCCCACACACUGGGAGCAGCCAGUUUAUACGACACUAUCCCGGCCUUAAGGAUUGGGGGCUGUUGCUGCCACCCCCAGCAGGCACCUCCCUCUGGGCAGCGUGCCCUGCCCCCAGCCUUCGUGCCCCAUUUCUUGCCCGCCUCCAGCCUGGCACGGCUGUGGAAAUGACUGCAAAGGCUGGCAGCUGGGGUCAGGCUUCCUGUCUGGUUCCUGCCCUUGAUGACCCCUCCCUGCCCCCCUGGGGGCUCCUAGGCUUGGCAGGGAGGACAAGGAUGUUGCUUUUGCCCCCAGACUGAAAGACAAGGGGCUGCCCUUCCCUCUCCCUGCCCCUGGGAAUGAUCCUCCAUCCCAAGACCUGAGAAGGACCCAUAUGCCCUCCUUUUGGGAGUGAGAGGAAGCCGCCAGGGUGGACGGGAAGCGGAGGCAUGGCCACUCCACGCCCGUGUCCCCUCUCAAGGAAGAGGAGGGUCUGACCUGACCUGUGCCCCCUUCACUGCUGGCCCCAGAAUAGGCCUGACUGACCCUGAGGACAGUUAUGAACAUCCUAGGGACAGUGGGAAAUUGGGGAGUGGGGGCAGCAGUGGGAGAGGUCUCCUCACCCCCCCCUCAGUGUCCCCAACCUGCAAGAUACAGGAAUUGGCACAAAGGCCCCUGGCUCCAGUUCCAUGCCAACCACCUUAUUCUUUGCUCUUUGAGAAAAAGAGCCACCCCUCCACCCUGCCCCUAGUCCUCAUUCACCACAGCCUCCUGGACCCUGAGAAGAGGAGCAAGGGAUCCAGGCAAGGGCCCAGAGACAAUUCUAGAGCCUUCCUCAGCUCCCCACCCAUGCCCUUUCCCCUCUCCAAGCUCUGUGGCCCCUGCCUUCUGCCCCAACUCCUGGGCCUCCCAGAGAGUUCUAGCUGCCCCUACCCAACCCUCUGCGCCAGAAGGUGCAGGGCCCAGCUGCCAGGAAACAGGCAGUGGGUUACACUACUCCUGACAUGUACAUGCUGCCCCUGCCCCUGCCCCUGCCCCCCACCGUGGUAUCUGAAUAAAGUAUGUAGCCCUGUCUGCCCCGCCCUCCUGUCCUACAGUCCUCACCGUCCACAUGUAACUCAUUGCUGCCCCUCUUAUUUAUCUUCGUAGCUCCCUCUCCCCUGCCUCCUCCUAGGAACUCCAGCCCCUAUUAACUCUGCAUUAAGCCUUCUACAUAAUAAAAUUAAAGGUUCCAUUUACCUACC